AUGUCUCAGUUCCUGCUUCUCACCUGCGUCUUCAUUGCCAUCACACCUGCAUCACCAAUGGCCCUAGACCCCUGUUCUGCUUACAUCAGUUUGAACGAGCCAUGGAGGAACACCGACCACCAGUUUGAUGAGUCUCAAGGUCCCCCUCUGUGUGACAACCAUGUGGAUGGGGAGUGGUACCGCUUCACAGGCAUGGCAGGGGAUGCCAUGCCCACCUUCUGCAUACCUGAAAACCACUGUGGAACCCAUGCACCUGUCUGGCUCAAUGGCAGCCACCCUCUAGCAGGUGAUGGCAUCGUGCAACGCCAGGCCUGCGCAAGCUUCAGUGGGAACUGCUGCCUCUGGAACACCACGGUGGAGGUCAAGGCUUGUCCGGGAGGCUACUAUGUGUAUCGUCUGACCAAGCCCAGUGUCUGCUUUCAUGUCUACUGUGGUCAUUUUUAUGACAUCUGUGACGAGGACUGCCACGGCAGCUGCUUGGACACCAGUGAAUGCACGUGCUCCCCGGGAACCGUGCUAGGCCCCGACCGGCAGACAUGCUUCGAUGAAAAUGAAUGUGAGCAAAACAAUGGUGGCUGCAGUGAGAUCUGUGUAAAUCUGAAAAAUUCAUAUCGCUGUGACUGUGGGGUUGGCCGUGUGCUCAGAAGUGAUGGCAAGACGUGUGAAGACAUUGAAGGAUGCCACAGUAACAAUGGCGGCUGCAGCCACCUCUGCCUUGUGUCUGAGAAGGGCUAUCAGUGCGAAUGUCCCCGGGGCCUGGUGCUGUCUGAGGACAACCACACAUGCCAAGUUCCCGUGUUGUGCAAGUCAAAUACCAUUGAAGUGAGCAUCCCCAGGGACCUGGUUGGCGGUCUGGAGCUCUUCCUGACCAACACCUCCUGCCGAGGGGUGUCCAAUGGCACCCACGUCAACAUCCUCUUCUCCCUCAAGACGUGUGGCACAGUGGUCGAUGUGGUAAAUGACAAGAUCGUGGCAAGCAACCUUGUGACAGGGGUACCCAAGCAGACCCCAGGGAGCAGCGGGGACAUCAUCAUCCGAACCAGCAAACUGCUGGUCCCAGUGACCUGUGAGUUCCCACGCCUGUACGCCAUUUCGGAAGGCUACGUGCCUAACCUUCGAAACACCCCACUGGAAAUCAUGAGCCGCAGUCAUGGAAUCUUCCCGUUCACUCUGGAGAUCUUCAAGGACAAUGAGUUUGAAGAGCCUUACCGGGAAGCUUUGCCCACCCUCAAGCUUCGAGACUCCCUCUACUUUGGCAUUGAGCCUGUGGUGCACGUGAACGGCCUAGAAAGCCUGGUGGAGAGCUGCUUUGCCACCCCCACCUCCAAGAUCGAUGAGAUCCUGAAGUACUACCUCAUCCAAGAUGGCUGUGUUUCAGAUGACUCAGUGAAGCAGUACACCUCACGGGACCACUUAGCCAAGCACUUUCAGGUUCCUGUCUUCAAGUUUGUGGGCAAAGACCACAAGGAAGUGUUUCUGCACUGCCAGGUCCUGGUCUGUGGAAGGCUGGACGAGCGCUCUCGCUGUGCUCAGGGCUGCCACCGGCGAGUGCGUCGCGAGGCCAUAGGAGAGGACACAGCUGGUCCGCAGAGCCAGAUGCUGACCGGCGGCCCCAUCGGCAUCGACUGGGAGGACUAGGACCACCCAACACCCGAGUCCUGGCUUUGGGCCACGCACCUCUUUGGAACUUCUCCCUACGCCCUCUUAGAGCACCAAUCAACACCCUAGAACAUGGCACUUCUGUAAACCUCAUACUGUGGGUUUAGACAGACUCCCAGAACUGACUCAUUUUGACUCUGGCUGCUAGGUCAGGAAAGGUCACUUCACUGCUGACUGAUCUGACCCAUGUAGGGCUUCAUCUAACCAAUGUCAAAAGCUAUGCUGUCCCCGCAGAACGCAGCUCAGCC